AUGGCAUCUCUACCAAGCCUCCCCCAAGAAUUAAUCGACCAAAUCUCAUUAUCCAUCGACGACCAAGACGACGUCCUCUCCCUCCGUCUAACCUGCAAAUCUUUCAACCAAAAAUUCCGUGACUCCCACCUCACUUCAAUCUACCAAUGUCGUCGUAUCUUCCUCGUCCCACGAAGUCUUCAAAACCUUCUAAAAAUUGCGAAGGACCCUUCAGGAGUAGGGGACCGAGUCAAAUAUCUACAAAUUGCAGAUUCGAAUCCCUAUUGUGAGAUUGUAUCUUGGCCACCUUCGGAGCUUGAUAGUGAGAAGACUAUUUUGACAAGAUCCGCGAGGGAGAAGUUGUCCGCUGCUGGGAGUGAGUUUAGAGAAGAGACCGAGGAGAUGAUUUCCUCUGGAAGGGAUAUUAAGAUGUUGGUGGAGAUAUUUGAAAACUUGAAAAACUUGCAGGGGAUCGAAAUAGAGAAGUAUUCGGAGUUACCGAAAAGGUGGGAGUUUAACUUGUUAUACCCUUCGUUGGGGUUGGGUCCUGGAAAACAGAUACCGGAGUUUAUGUCUCUGAUCACAACCAACGAUACCAAGGCCAUAGGUGGUAAGCCAUCGCGUAAGGUUAUUACCGCAGCGCUAAAAUCCGGGAUCAAAAGUCUUCGAAAGUUAUCGAAUACUUACGCUACUACUCGCGACGCAUUUUCUCACAAUUGGUUCGAGGACAUGGUUCCUUUGUUUCCAAGGUUCUCCACGGCUUUUCCAAAUCUUAGAUCUUUGGAGAUUAGCAUCUGUUGCAAAACAACGUAUAACGGUCAACCGCUUCCGGCGGGGGAGAAGAAUGUUUGUGAUUGGCUUGAGGGUUUGGGGGACACGCUUGAAGAAUUGAGGUUUGAGUAUCUUAUUCCUGCUGUUAAUUUAAAGAAGACAACGAUGCUUCCUGAUGGGAAGGGGCUACCGCGGCUAAAGGUCUUACACCUUAGAAGCAUCCUUAUCGAUAUCGAUAAUCUAUCAGGAUUGUUGGAGAGUUGUAAGGAUAGCUUGAAGGAGAUAAAAAUACUCAGCUGUAGGACUUUGGAUAUCAAGGAAGGCGUGUUUAAGUUACUAAAGUUCCUGAGGAAGAAGGUUAAAGGGUUAAGGAUAUUUGAAGCUAAGUUUAAAGAUGAAGAGAUUACGAGAGAGGGGUCUUAUCCCGUUAGGAUCCAUAUUUAUGGGGAUUGGGAAUCAUACCCCGCGAAUUGUGUGGUUUGGACGAAAGUGCGGCAGAAGGUUUUCUUUUCACCGCGUGAUUGGGAGAUUCAUACGUGUCAAAAGUUUGAUACAGAGGCAAACGUUGUCUUUGAGAUUGAUGAGAAUGAUACGGCUGAAGGAUUUUGGAGAAAAUUAUUGGAUGGGAAGUGGGAUGAGUGGGAUGCGAUAAGUCCUAAUGAUUAUUAUUAUGAUAGGAGGUUGUUAGGUGAAAUUGGAACGUCAAUAGCACCGUCUCGUAUUUAG